AUGGCUGGAUUUCCAGGUUUGAGUUUUCUCGGUCCAAAAAGCAAGAACAUGGUUGUCGCGGGAGGCUUGACAGCUUUUGUUUUCGGGGUAUACUUCUACACGAUGAGGGCUGUUGGUGGCACGGACGAGCUUCAGAUGGCUAUAGACAAGUUUGAAGACCAAAAAGGGGUCGAGACCGAGCCCAAGGUUCCAUCGAAAGUCUGA